AUCUUUCCCUCGAUCCUGACUAGUCUCCUAGUCCCUGCCACUGAAAAACAUCCACAGUAUGCUGCCGCCACCCAUGCUUCACCAUAGGGAUGGUGCUAGGUUUCCUCUAGACCUGGCGCUUAGCAUUCAGGCCGUCAUGUUCAAUCUUGGAUUCAUCAGACCAGAUAAUCUUGUAUCAUGGUCAGUCCUUUAGGUGCCUUUUGGCAAACUCCAAGCAGGCUGUCAUGUGCCUUUUUACUGAGGAGUGGCUUCUGUCUGGCCACUACCAUAAAGGUGGAGUGCUACAGAGUUGGUUGUCCUUCUGGAAGGUUCUUUCUCCAGAAGAACUCUGGAGCUCUGUCAGUGUGGCCAUCAGGUUCUUGGUCCCUGACCGAGGCCUUUCUCCCGAUUUGCUCAGUUUGGCCAGGCAGCCAGCUCUAGGAAGAAUCUUGGUGGUUCCAAACCUCUUCAUUUUAAGGAUGAUGGAGAUCACUGUGUUCUUGGGGGAACUUCAAUGCUGUAGAUGUUAUAUUUUUUUAGUACCCUUCAGAUCUGUGCCUUGACACAAUCUAGUCUCGGAGCUUUACAGACAAUUCCUUCAACCACAUGGCUUGGUUUUGCUCUGACAUUUUUAUAUAGAUAGGUGUGUGUGUGCCUUUUCCAAAUCAUGUCCAAUCAAUUGAAUUUACCACAAGUGGAAACAGGAUGCACCUGAGCUCAAUUUAGUCUCAUAGCAAAGGGUCUGAAAUACUUGUGUAAAUGUAAUUCAGUUUUUUUUGUUUUUUUUUACAUUUUCAGACUUUUUGUAACAUGUUUUUGCUUUGUCAUUAUGUGGUAUUGUGUGUAGCUGGAUGAGGAGCAAAAAUGUAUUUAAUCCAUUUUAGAUUAAGGCUGUAACGUAACCAAUGUCUAAAGGGAAUGCGUCUGAAUACUUUCCCAAUGCACUGUAUAUACCUUUAUUUAAAUUGUAAGUUUUUUUAAACUUUCAAUCCCUUUAACGAAGUCAUAGUUAAGUAAGGUUGAGAAACAAUGCCCACUGCUAAUUCAGUCGUGUAUACUUUAUUUUUGUGUGUGUAUUUAUAGCACGCUCCAUUUGGUAUUUCCUUUUAGUUAGGAACAUAUUUCACACAUCCAGGUUUGACUAUAAACAUGAUGCCAGUUAACAUGAAGGGUAAUUGGCCCAAAUGUAUGUUGAAGGUGCAUUCUGCCUUCAGAAAGUAUUCAAAAUGGAUUAAAUAGUUUUGUUCUCACCCAUCUAUACACAAUAUCCCAUAAUGACAUGUUUUUACAACUUUAUGAAAUGCAGCAAUAUUCCAUUUAAAUAAAUAUUCACACCCCUGAGUCAGUAUGUGUUAGAAUCACCUUUGGCAGCGAUUACAGCUGUGAGUCUUUCUGGGUAAGUCUUGAGCUUUGGACACCUGGAUUGUACAAUAUUUGCACAUUUAUCUUUUUUAAAUUAUUCAAGCUCCGUCAAGUUGGUUGUUGAUCAUUGAUAGCCAUUUUCAAGUUUUGCUGUAGAUUCUAAAGCAGAUUUAAGUAAACUGUGACUAGGCCACUCAAGAACAUUGUGUUGUCUUGGUAAGAAACUACAGUGUAUAUUUGGCCUUUGUGUUUUAGGUUAUUGUCCUGCUGAAAGUUGAAUUUGUCUUUUGGAAAGCAGACUGAACCAGGUUUCCCUCUAUUCCAUUUAUUUUUAACCUUAAAAAAAAUGCAGUCCUUGCCGAUGACGGGCAUACCCAUAACAUCAUGCAGCCACCACCAUGCUUAAAAUUUGAAGUGGUACUCUGAUGUGUUGUUGGAUAUUCCCCAAACAUAACUUUAUGUCCUGAAUACAAAGCAUUAAGUUCUUUGACACAUUUUUGGCACUUUUACUUUAGUGUGUUAUUGCUAACAAGAUGCAUGUUUUGUGUGUAGUGUAAUUGGUUGUAGGCCAGUGACACAUCUACAUUUCAAAUUCAAGCUGUAACACAAUACAUGGAAAAAGUAAAGGGGUGUGAAGGCACUGUACAUCACAAUAUUGGCUGCACAUACCCAGGUAGCAACAGUUAUGUUGUUGGUAAAGAUUUUUUUUAUUUUUUAUGGUGAGUUUUACCUUCCGUAUAUCAUAUUUAGUGACGUUCUCAUGACCAGAGAUGUCUCAAAGCUGUAAGUUAAGCAUUUUCCGGGAAGGAUAAUUUUUGCUCAGUUUGUUUCAACAUAGGGGUUGGUGUUAAUUACACAGGAAGUCUUUGGUCACACAGGAAGUCUUUGGUCACGGUUGCAGAAAUAGGAAAAUGUUUUAGAAGAAUGAAACAUGACAUGCUAUAAUUCUAGCCAGCACUUGACAUCAUACGGUGUAUUGGGAGGAGGUAAAUGAUUUCCUGAACAUUUUACAUGAAAGUUUGCCACAAGUGGACUCUGGAGGAGGGACUUUGAAGAACCAUGUCUGGCAAGAAGUCAAGAAAAGUGAGAAUGGGAUCAUCACGUCAACCACGUCAGAAUCAAGAUGAACAUGAGACCAACAAAGAUGAUGAUGGGUCCCAAAUGUUGUCAAAGGAAAGGAAAGUAGUUGAAGUUGGGGCUGAUUCAGUUUCAGUGAUGCUCCAAACGGACCUUGUCUCAUCAGAUAACUUAUCAACAAUAACACAACACACAGAAAUAAAUAAUCCACCAUUAAAUUACGUCACAGAGUCACAUCUGUCUCAACCUGUAAACCCAUAUCUUCUAAAAUCACUUGACACUGCAGGGAAGAGAAGGAAAAUGGGGUCUACUCGUCAGAAUAAAAGAAAGCCAGAGGAGACAGACUUUGGGGUGAUACAAGACACCAAAACUGGAGACACAGAACAAUCACUAGAACUUCAGGCAUCCAUUGCAUUUGUGGAAUCUGAGUCCCACAGCAAAGGAGAAGAGUGCCUGGGUCCUAAAGAAAGUGAAAGGAACACUGAGAGCAGAAGUCAAAGUGAGUUUCUUUUGUUUGCUUCUAACACACUCAACCAACCGGAUGACAGAUGGAAAGAGGAAGUUGGUGAGGAUACUGAACCUAGAACUAAAACUGUGGUUAGUUAUGGCAGUGAAAUGCUUCAAGAUACUCUUGGAACCGAAUCACUCUUGCAUCUGCCCCUAGACCUUGCGUUAGAAGUUGUUCAUGGAUUCGCUGCUGAACCCAUAACAGAGGAGUUGAAGAAAGAGGAAGAGAGGAGGCAGGAAAGUGAGCAUGCCGAGGUGGAGUCCCCCACAUUUCUCAGCUCUAGGCAGUCAUUAGAUCAAUCCCUUGAGUCAGACACUUUAACCAACACAGAAGAGUUUGAGUCAUUCAAUAACACAAUAAUCCUCCAAAGUGGAGAAGGUGACGAGAAACUUGAACCUGUUGUAAAUGAGUCAGAAUUGCAAGAUGAUAUGAACUCUACUGGUCCAGGCAAUCAGGAAACGUUGCACCAAAGAGAUGAAGAUGAUGACUUUGGUGAUCUGAUAGUUGAGGAAAAUAUAGUACUGGCAAAUAUAACUCAUUUUAGACAACCAGACCAUGUAGAAAGCAUUGAACCUGAACAAAGUGAGGAUAUGACCUGCUUUUUACAAUCAACCCCCUCAGACAGCUCUUUGGGUCAUGACAAAAGUGCUCAAUCAGAAUCCAGGAGAAGAAAGAUGGGUUCAACUCGCAGGAAUCAUAGAGCUAUACAUGAGGAGGAAGAACAUGGAGAGAGUAAGAUGCAUGGAUAUCGUUACCUUUAUGAUGAGGGAGAAGAGGUCAUAUUGGGAAAAGAAGAAAUGUUUGGCAUCGAAGAGACUGAGUUUGAAAUAUCUAUGGAGCCUAAAGAUAGAGCCAGUGUAGACGAGAAAGAAGGAGAGCAGAUGGAAAAGGAGAAUUUCCAAACAGAGGAAGACACAGAAAACAUAGAAGAGACAGGAAGGAGGUUGGAGUGGGACAUGGGAACAGUGGAAGGAUCUGGUGUUGAAACAUCGGAAGAGUCUCUGAUGUUAUUGGAACCGGAGCAUGGAGCAGAUGAGGAGAAGAAAGGAAUGGAAGAAGAAAGUCUGAUUGAACCCACCCUUUUGAUCAAUACAUCGAUUCAUUUGAGUAUUCAGGGGAAUGAGGGUCGUGCAAACACUGACCCCAAUACCACAGGGGGACUGGACACAUCAGAGGUCAUGUUACUCAGCGAGGAGGAAAUGAGUGAUCAUGUGCCGCUUGUAAAUGAAAGUGUUCAGGACCAAGGUGAUAACGCAGCAAACAUCAACUCCAAUCAGAGUCCUUCUCCAAGCAGGAGGAGAAAGAUGGGGUCGACUCGUAGGCAUCCUAGAGGUGUACAAAGAGAAGAGGAGGACACAGAGGAGAAACAAGAAGGGGAAAUAGAAAGCACAGAGAUAGAAGACAAGAGAGAAAACAUGGAUGCAGAGGAAGGUUCUUGCAUGGAGUUUGAAAUGUUGAUGGAAUCUAAGGAUGGAGCUGAGUCAUAUGACUCCUACCUGACCGAUGACACACUGAACUCAAAUCCUGCCAUCACUGGUUUGCAACACAAAGGAACAUCAUUGGAGGAAACACUUGAUGAAUCAAGAGGAAACACUGACUCCCCUCCAGAUCCACCCUCACUGCAGAGUUCUCUUGUUCCAGAGGAAACAGCAGAGGUAGAAUCCUACACUCCAGGGAGGAAAAGAAAGAUCGGUUCCACUCGAAGCAAGUCUCAUCCAGGUAGAAAAGGAGAGGAGAGAAGAGAGCAGGGACAGGAGGAAGAGAAAGGAGAAGACACAGAUGUUAUAGGAGAGGUGGGAGAUGUCAUUACAACAGCAGAAAUGGAUUCUAGCAUAGAAAAGACUGAGCUUGUAGAGCUUGGGAACUUCUAG